GAGUGACUCUGUGUCCAUGUGUGUGCUGACAGUGUCUAGUUGAGGCAGCUGGCUUUGCUGUAGGCUUUUUAUUGUUCAUUCUGUGUAUUUACUUCCAUUCCCAUAGGAAGUAAGUGGAGCUGCUCUGAGCCAAUCACAUUUGCGGAUAACGCUCCGACAACAAACAAAAGACCGAGGCUAGCCGAGCUCAUUAUCCUGUGUCGACCCGUCUAGCCUGACGUUAGGUGUUACUUUGCUCCAAAUAUCGACCAGCUCCUCUGUCUUGUGACUAGUUUCUUGACAACCUGUGCGACAGACGGUCUUCUUUUCGGUGACUCGAUCCGUGGCUUUGUGUCAGCUCAUGUCAGCCUGAGCCAUUUUACCAACGGCUUUGCCUCCGCUGGCCGAGCUAACGCGUUAGCUGGGGUGAGCUAAUCGGCUAGCCUAGCUCUGGCUGCUUCUCUGCGACCAGCGAAGCCAGUUAGCCUAGCCUGCUAGCUAGCUCGCUUUGCUAUCCCCUCUAAAAACUUGACACUGACCGGCACAAGUGGCCCUGGCUUGUUACUGACAAGCCAUUUUCUUUGCUAAAACUCGUCUCGUCGUGAUGUCCGGACAGUCGUCGGGCUGUGGGUUUCUGAUGUCGGUGGUUGUUCACGGAGACUCGGCUCUGAACGAGCAGGAAAAGGAGCUCAACCAGCGGCUCCGACGUCUUUAUCCAGCCGUUAAUGAAAACGAGACGCCGCUUCCUCGGUCCUGGAGCCCGAAGGACAAGUUUAGCUACAUCGGACUUUCUCAGAACAACCUUCGUGUGCACUAUAAAGGUCAUGGCAAGACCCCGAAAGAUGCAGCAUCUGUACGAGCCACCCACCCCAUCCCGGCCGCCUGCGGGGUCUACUACUUCGAGGUGAAGAUCAUCAGCAAAGGCCGAGAUGGGUACAUGGGUAUUGGCCUCUCAGCUCAGGGUGUAAACAUGAACAGACUCCCUGGUUGGGACAAGCACUCAUAUGGUUACCACGGAGACGACGGCCACUCCUUCUGCUCGUCCGGUACUGGGCAACCCUACGGACCCACGUUUACAACCGGCGAUGUGAUUGGCUGCUGCGUUAACCUCAUCAACAAUACCUGCUUCUACACAAAGAAUGGCCACAGCCUAGGUAUCGCCUUCACAGACCUACCGCCCAACUUGUACCCGACUGUCGGCCUCCAGACUCCAGGGGAGGUGGUGGACGCCAACUUUGGCCAGCAUCCCUUUGUUUUCGACAUUGAGGACUACAUGCGCGAGUGGAGGACCAAGAUCCAGGCCCAGAUCGAUCGCUUCCCCAUCGGAGAGCGCGAGGGCGAGUGGCAGUCCAUGAUCCAGAAGAUGGUGGCUUCCUACCUGGUGCACCACAGCUACUGUGCCACCGCUGAAGCCUUUGCCAAAUCCACUGACCAGGCCGUGCACGAGGAGCUGGCCUCCAUCAAAAAUCGACAGAAGAUCCAGAAGCUGGUGUUGUCAGGUAGAAUGGGCGAAGCCAUCGAGACGACCCAGCAGCUCUACCCCACCCUCCUGGAGAGGAACCCAGACCUGCUCUUCAUGCUCAAGGUGAGGCAGUUCAUAGAGAUGGUGAAUGGGACGGACAGUGAGGUGAGGUGUUUGGGAGGCCGGAGCCCCAAGUCUCAGGACAGUUACCCCGGCUCCCCCCGGCCCUUCAGCAGCCCCAGCCACAAAGCCAGCAGCUCCCAGCCCUACCUCACAGGGUUUGACAGCAACUGCUGUAAUGGUGUGACGUCCAAUAAGAGCCACAGCUCCUCCCCCCAUAGUCAUAAGCCCUGCCCCCCUGGCUCUGGCUCCGCCCCCACAGGGUCUGACAUCAGCCUCAACGGGAACCGCAGCCAACAGCCCAUAACCAGUAACGAUGUGGACAUGGAGGUCGAUCACUUCACCAACGGGGUGACAGAGUCGUCCUCUAAUGGCUUCCUCAACGGCAGCUCCAAACACACGGCCGAGCCUGACGACUGCGACGCCGAUAUGGAGGUGGAGUCGGCCCAAUCCAAGAGGCAGCUGUGCGGCGGGAGCCAGGCGGCCAUCGAGAGGAUGAUCCACUUCGGCAGGGAGCUGCAGAGCAUGAGCGAACACCUCCGCCGCGAGUGUGGCAAGAACUCCGCCAACAAGAAGAUGCUCAAGGAUGCGUUCAGCCUGCUGGCCUACUCAGACCCCUGGAACAGCCCGGUCGGCUACCAGCUGGACUCCAUUCAGAGAGAGCCCGUCUGCUCCACUCUCAACAGUGCAAUAUUAGAGACUCACAACCUGCCCAAGCAGCCCCCCCUGGCCCAGGCCGUCGGCCAGGCCGCCCAGUGCCUCGCCAUCAUGGCACGAUCUGGCAGCGGCUCCUGCGCCUUCGCCUCUGUGGACGAUUACCUGCACUAGCCCCGUGUACACACACACACACACAAACACACACACACACACACACGUACUCAUAGGGCCUGGCCAGAAAUCACCCCCACCGCCUGUCCCGUUUGUGUAGUGAUGUCACCCGGGGAGACGAGACGCUCCUCCGGCCCGAGAGGUCACAUGUCCAGACUUAACUAGUUUCCUGUUCAGCUUUUAGCCCGAUAUGAGUCGUUGUUGGGGGUCUGGGGUGGUUUCUGGGUGGAGCCUUAGGGUGCAAACACACCUCAUACACCUAAAACAUGAAGACACACACACACACACACACACACACACACACACACACCUCCCUUUCCAUCCUAGAUAUGGAUUACGCCUCCACCUUGGCUAGCCUCGCAAACCCCAUCUUCAGCCAGCGAAGGCUAUUCCUGCAUCACCCUGAUUGACAGUCGAGAGCUAGCCAAGAGUAGCCAACUUGAAAAUACUUUAUCCCCAAACUUAGAGAGCAGAACUCAUGCGGACUCGCCACAAAUCCCCAGCCCUAAACAUUUGAGGGGGAGAGGGGUGAAGGUGACACGCAAACACGCCGGCAGACAAAAAAAAAAAGAAAAAAAUGCCGGUCAAGCAAAACACAACAAAACAAACAAACAAACAAACAAAAAAACCAAGACGAGUGACCGCUGCGGCCAUGUGGCGCUUAGCGCGGUUCCCAUAAACAGGCAAACACACGUGACAUCCAGCGAACACGUCAGGCAGGCUGAGCACCAACGCAGAAUUGCAAACAUUUGACACAUUCUGAGUCCAUCUCCACCGAGGCUUGCUGAGCGCGCAGAGUCCCGCCAACGCAAGACCCUCUCACGGCCCGGCGGCCAUGAGGGGCGCCAGUGGACGGCCCGCCUCCCUCCUGACUUCAGGACAUCAGCAGAGAUUUGUGUGACGCAUGUGGACUGACUUCGAAGAAGCCAGAGAGAAUCUACGCUCUCAACCUAACGUCUUUUUUUUUUUCUUUCCUCCUGUUUUUAAUCUAUUUUUGGCGGAGUGGGGGAAGGGGGAGGGGUGGUUACCUGGCUCUUGUUUUUUGUUUUUAGUUUUUCGGGUUUACACGGCAUGGUGCAGAUGAUUAUUAUUAUUAUAAUUAUCAUUAUAUUAAUUAUUGUUACUUGCAUUCACAGUAUAUUUGUUGAGCGCCAGCAAGAGCAAGUUCCACCAACAUAUAAUAAAGGUCCCGAUCUCACCGAUCAUUACCAGUGACAAGUGUGUGUACAUGUUAACGUUUAUAUAUGAAUUUAACAAAAAGGAAUUAUAUCAAUAGAGCAAGAUAUUUAGUUAUCAAAAGAAAGGAAAUGAUUGAAAAAAAAAAAAAACAAUCCAGUCCUUAAUGCUUUGUACCAACACCAGUGACCCCUGAAGUGUGCUGGUUGUUCCUGGUCUGUCCCCUCUGUGUCGAGUCCAGGGUUCCUGCACAGCCAAAAGACAGCCAAUGAAUCUGGAUUCAUUCAAGACAAACCUCCUCAGUAGGGAAACACAGGACUUCACAUUUUAUGUAGUCGCACACUUAACUUUCAUUUCACACAUCCUGGUACUCACUGCGAAGAAAACUAUUAAACCCAAACCAGAACCUUCAAACCCAGUCAAGAGGUUGAUGUCUGGAAAAAUGUGCAGGAACCCUGUGAUGACCUUUGACCCCUUUUUACUCGUUUACCCUCCCCUCCUGAAAUCCCCAGCUGCUCAGCAGGUUUGAUGCAAACAUUGUUAGUUUUAUUUUCGUAUCGAUGUCUAUGCUAAUCUUUAAUCCACAAAGAACUCAGGAGCCAAAUGUCCCUUUUUUCCUCCUCGGUUCAGACGCUGAGCCCCGCCCCAGCAGCCUGGCCGGGCCUUGAUUUCAAGCGAAUGCGUUUGAGUGGCACAGCGAUGGGCUUUUCAGACUUGAACCUGGACUAGAAACAAGCGAGAGCGAGGCGGUGUUGGAAGUGGCCAGCAAAGCCUCUCUCUUAACGAGAAUCUCAUGUAACAUUGGGUAGCAUAACCCUAAUUGAUUGCUAGCCUCGGGCUAAACUUGUAAUUAACGUUGGCCCCAUGGUGGGCCAGAAGCUAGCUCUCCUUCAGGCCCAGCCUGGACUCCCUGUUGCUCUUUGGUAGCAUCUUGCUGUCUGUCGUCUAAUGCUGCUGCUGAAACGCCAUUCAGGUGUGAAAAGUCCUCAAGUCCGCUCCUCUUUAUCUUUUAUCUAGCUCUAAGAAAUUUCCAGCCUCGUUCACCCAGCUUCCGUCGGAGGCGAGCGCCCUCUCCCCACGUGUUCCUGUUUUGUUUUUGUUUUUGUUUUUGUUUUUUUUAGCGGAUCCUCCUCCUGGCCUCCUUCUUCUUAGUGCUCGAUGCAUCGACGGGGGAAAAAACAAACAUCCAGUAUUGUCAACUGCACUGUGGCUACCACAUUUAUAAAAUAAAGAACCAAAUACUUUAGGAAGACAACAUCGCAGCUGUGUGUGUGAAGCCUGUGUGUUCAUGCUUGCCACUUGCAGAGAAACAGGAAUGCUGAGGCUAAGCGUUUUUGCUAGACACCGAUCCAUCUUCCUCUAGUUUUCCCAGGGGUCUGGAGUUGAUAUUUCUCCUCAUGGUGGAACUGAGCUUUUCUGUACCUUUUGGUUUUUUGAUCGCAAGCAGUCACGGCAUCGUUUAGAAAACUUCUUAGACAAGUGUCUGUUGUCUCUUUAUGAGUAAGGUCUGAAACCUAUGCAUGCCAUAGUAAAGUGGUGGUAAGAUCAAGUUAGAUGUCUCUUCUUUUGAUUUUGUUUUUGGUUUUUUUUUUUCCUCUUUCCUUUUAGCCAGCUCACAGUGUAAAAGGAAGAUGUCAACCAGUAAGUUGUCCACUGCUGACUGUGUGUCCGUUUGGAGAAAAAAAAAGAUGUGCAAUUUGUGUGAGGGUGAAAAGAUUUAUAUUAAAAACGACAAAUGACA